AUGGCAGACCCUGAGGAAACGGCCCCGGUGCCUGUGCAUCACGCCCUCCAGGACAUUGAUGAUGCGAUCGCCGGUCGCAUCAUGCGCAAGAUUGACUGGCGCAUUAUGCCGCUAUUGUUCAUCACAUACGGCUUCAACUUCAUGGACAAGACCAUCUUGUCUAGUGCUGCUGUGUUUGGGUUGAAGGAAGACAACAAUCUUGUUGGACAGGAAUACUCUUGGGUCUCGAGUGUGUUUUACUUUGGGUAUUUCCUAUGGACUUACCCAACGACUUUGUUCAUCGCCCGACUGCCUGUUGGCAAGUACCUUGCGGGAACAGCAGUUUUCUGGGGUAUAGUUGUAGCCUUGACAGCAGCUUGCUCGAACUACGGAGGACUUGUGACUGUCCGUUUUCUACUCGGAAUGGCUGAGGCUACUGUGUCACCGGCGUUGAUGUUCAUCACCAGCACCUGGUAUACACGCGACCAAAUUCCGAAGAGAACUGGCAUCUGGUUCGCCGGAAACUCGGUCGGUGGCAUCGUCGCAUCACUUCUGGCCUACGGCAUUGGACAUAUCGAGGACAAGGUGGGCCCAUGGCGCUGGAUGUACAUUGUUCUCGGUGUCGCCACCUUUCUCUGGGCUUUCUUUCUGCUCUUCCUCCUCCCCGAUGAGAUCUCCAAAGCGAAAUUCCUCACGGUUGAGGAGCGCCAAUGGGCCAUGGAUCGAGUUGUCAUCGCUGGAACUGGAAAGACCGAGAACACAACCUGGAAAUGGGACCAGGUGCUUGAAUGCCUUCAGGACCCAAAGACUUGGCUCAUCUGGUGCAUCGCUCUGCUGUGCCAGAUUCCUAACGGCGGCACUCAGAACUUUGCCAACUUGGUUAUCAAGUCUUUCGGGUUCACAUCGCUGCAAUCGACCUUGAUCAAUAUUCCAUACUCUAUCAUUACGGUGAUCGCUAUUAGUGGUACCGGUUGGCUUGCUGGGCAUUUCCGUUCACUUAACUGCAUCCUAGCUGCUCUCAUCGUUGUGCCACCCGUCGUUGGCAGUGCGUUGAUCGUCAAGCGAGCGGCUAUCCCUUCAGGUGCCUCCCUGUUCGGGUAUUUCUUAUUGUCUACGGGUCCUUCCGCCUUGCCACUAAUCUUGUCGUUGAUCCAGGUCAAUUUCAAGGGCGUGACCAAGAAAAUGACCAUGACAGCAUUGAUUUUCAUUGCUUAUUGCGCUGGGAACAUUGCCGGUCCGCAACUCUUCAUAUCGACUGAGGCACCGACCUAUCCAACUGCCUUCAGAGCUAUUAUGACAUGUUACGCGCUGGCUAUCUGCUUGUGCAUUCUGCUCAGGUUUUACCUCCAAUUUAUGAACACUCAACGAUGCAAGACUGAGGGUAUUGAGGGUAGCGCUGGCACAUCAGGCGCUGUUGGAGGCAAAGUUAAUGAUGCCACUGACGGUCGUACGGUCACUGAGAUUAUCAACGAGGUGCAGCUUCGGCCGGAGGAUUACGACGAUGUCACUGAUUGGAAAACAUUCGGAUUCCGUUAUCGCUUAUGA